GCUCCCGGGAGGCAGCAGCAGCGGCAGCAUCCUUAGCAUCAGCAGUCGCAGCAGCAGCCCGGGGCGGCCUCGGGUGGGACAGACGGACAGAGGGCAGGGGGCCCGCCAUGGAGGGCGCCUCCUUCGGCGCGGGCCGUGCGGGGGCUGCCUUGGAUCCCGUGAGCUUCGCGCGACGGCCCCAGACCCUGCUGCGGGUCGCGUCUUGGGUGUUCUCUAUCGCGGUGUUCGGGCCCAUUAUCAACGAGGGCUACGUGAACGCCGACAGCGGCCCCGAGCUGCGCUGCGUCUUCAACGGGAAUGCGGGCGCCUGCCGCUUUGGCAUUGUGCUGGGCCUCGGGGCCUUCAUCGCCUGCGCCGCCUUCUUGCUGCUCGAUGUGCGCUUCCAGCAGAUCAGCAGCGUCCGCGACCGGCGCCGCGCAGUGCUGCUGGACCUGGGCUUCUCAGUGUUCCUGGUUAGUGGAGUACCGCCUGACCACCAGACGCCGCCUGCAGGGAUCUGGUCUUUCCUGUGGUUCGUGGGCUUCUGUUUCCUCACCAAUCAGUGGCAGCGCACAGCGCCGGGGACAGGCACCAGGCAGGCGGGGGAUGCGGCGCGGGCCGCCAUCGCCUUCAGCUUCUUCUCCAUCCUCAGCUGGGUGGCUCUCACCGUGAAGGCCCUACAGCGAUUCCGCCUGGGCACCGACAUGUCUCUCUUUGCCACGGAUCAGCUGGGCGCUGGGGCUGCACAGGCCUACCCGGGUUACCCAGUAGGCAGCGGUGUGGAAGGCACAGAAACCUACCAGAGUCCGCCCUUCACCGAGACCCUGGACACCAGCCCCAAAGGGUACCAGGUGCCUGCCUACUAGUGGCUGUUAGGCUUACACCAGGGAUGGAAGGCCACCCCACCAUCACAGGCCUCAAGGCCUUCUGGGACCUCCCUCCGGUCCUACCGUCCCAGUGCCAGAGACGGAGGUGGCCAUUAUGGGCCUCUGGAUUCAAGGGAAUUAGCCUCACUGGGGUGACUGGACUUUCCCCACAAAUUUUCCCCAGCCCCAGGUCCCAAGCCUAAGGUCUUGAGAAGACAGAACCAUCUGGAGUAGACUAGCCUGGGAGAGGCAUUCCCUUCAUGGGCCAUCCAACUUGGGGCUCACCUGUCCACUCUGGAGUCAGAAGUCCAACUGCAUUCUAGGACAAGGUGCAGGGGCUUCUUGGGACCAGAGACAGGGACAUUAACUGUACCCUGAGAUGGGCGGUACCCUUGUUCUCUAUCCCAUGUCCCUGUGGGCCAGGACUCUACUGGCUCCUAUCAUGGUGAUCCACCCUGCCCAGAGCCUUUCUCCACUUCCUCUUGCAGGCUCACUAGAGCAGCCUGGCCCUGUCUAUGUUGUGACUGUGAUCAAGUCUUCAGGUUUCAUAGUGCCCCAUAAGCUGCCCCUCUCUGUGUGACCCCCCUACCCAACUGUGGAUGGGUUCUGGCCAGAAUGACACAAACAACUGUGGAUCUGGGCACCAGCCUUUCAGUAAGAACUUCUGAAGGGAGGAGUUUGACAACUGGGUACCUGAGUGCCAGGCAAGACAAGCCUUUUACAAGAAGAGGACUAAAGGUCCUAUCAGCCUAUGGUGCCACUGGAGAGUCAUUCCUACAAAUGGCUUAACCUUGACCUCCUGAACCAGUUCCUCUCACCCUGUCCUCUACCCCCUUUUAAGGCCCAGACCAGGUGGGGGUCCCUGUGUGUAGCCGACUACUCUUGCAUUGCUCAAAGCUGGCUUUUCACAUCAAUUCAAAACCAAAAGCGUUGCCAUAUCUCAUUCUUUCAGAUAAAAUGCCUCCCUCUGGAGUUGCAGUUGAAUGACAACCCUGUUUGUUGUAGCAUAGACCAAUUAUGUGUGAAUCUAUUAAGUGAACAUGUUUACAAUUUUUGUAUAUAUAGAUCUCUCCCCCUUCUGAAAGAACAAUCCGUGAUUGUGUAUUUUCAGUGUCCCAUGUUACAACUGCAACUUCUUUACAAUAAAGACUAUAAAUGCAUUGACCAUGA